AUGGGCCUUCAAGAAACGUAUAUACCACUGACUACUAAAUCACAUCGUAUCAAGAAACUAGCAAAACUUCCAUUGGCUUCUUUAUGUGAUUUAGUCUAUAAUUGGUUCAUCAAGUUUGGAAGCAUUAAUGAAGAAAUUACUAAGGAAGCUUUGUUAGAAGAUUUAAAGAUUUUGAAUCAAACUGAAAAUACCAAAAAACUUUUGAUAGAUUAUGUAAUUGAAAAAAUGUGGCCAGAAGGACUUAACUUAUAUCAACUAGCACAAAUUGAAGCAUGUACGAUGAUUCUUAAGCCUUCUUCUUACUUUUGGAAUUCUUCGACUGCUUGGGAUUCUAAUAAUGAAAAAUAUUUCAUCGAGAUUGAGCCAGAGAAAUUUAUGACAAAUUUGCAAGAAGAUAUUGAUAAAUUAUAUAUUUCUACUAUAUAUAUAUUCAAACAUAAAAGUCUACCUUUGAUAAUAUGCAGAAUUCAAUUAUUUGAUUAUAACAGUUCUUUCCUGUCUAGUUCAAGAGGAAAUAUGAAAGAUUCUCGAAAAAUGGAUAACUCCCCUAAUGAAAAUAAUGAUCAAAGUAAUUUAAAGAAGGAUGAUAAAUCUAAAGAUCAGGAAAGUACAUCACUUUUAUUGGGACGAAUAUCUGAAAAAGAAUAUGUGUCAAGAAAACCGUUUUACGUUGCAUUUCCAAUGAAUUCCCCAACAAUUAUUCAUUCCUGUGGAAAAGAUAUAUAUUCCAAAUUAAUUAUGCAAUGUAUUCAAAGGUCCAUAUCAACCAGAGAACCGAUUACUUUGAAACAGAAUGAAAGCAUACCAAUUAAAUCCUUAGAAAAUAUUUAUAUUUUACAAGGUGCAUCAAGAUAUUCUGGUGCAAUGGGUCAAUGGGCUGCAUAUGCGGAUGCAUUGUUUGAAAUCUCACCACUAAGUUCUUAUAACCAAUAUAACGCUAGUAAUACAAUUGAUAAUCAUCCUUCAAUAGUUGGGAAAAUGGGGUUAAAAAGAACCAAGUCACAAUCAGAUAGUUCAGGUAGAGAUGACUACGAUCGUAAAAAAUUACGAUUAGAAAUGAGCAUGUUGAAAUUUAAAGGCACAAAAAAUGGUUAUAAUCGAAUUCGAAACUUUUAUGAAACAAUACCUAGCGCAGUUAAUGAUAUGCCAAGGAAAAUAAAAGAUCAUUUAAGGGACGAAAAAUAUUAUAAAUCACUAAUUCCAUGUGAAAGAGCUAAAUUCACCAUAAGAAACACAAUAAAAGAAACCAAAGAGGAAAUAAAUCUGCAAUUUAGAUUUACAGGUAAUGAUAUCUUUGGUGGAUUACAUGAAUUGGUAGAUAAAAAAUUUAUUGAUAUUAGUCGUGUCCCUGGAUGGUUAACUGGAGAAAAUGGGGUUUCUUCAGGAACAAUAACUGAUGGUGAUUUUGAUAUUGACGUGCAGAAAAAAAGAGGAGGUUUAAUAUAA